UUAUUGUAUCCUUUGCAACAAAUACAAUUUCUUAUUAUAAGGAAAAUAUGACCCUAACGAUAACUUGAUGUUUAACUAAUUGUUUAAAUGUUGCUGUUUGGUGGCUUUGAUGGGGCUGUCGGUGCGGAGGGAGAGUAAAACUAUCAGACAUUUAUUGAGGCUGAGGAGUUUACCUUCCUUUAUCGAACUAUACUGAAGUGGCUGCCUUUCCUGUUAGCCUGGUGGGGUUGCCAUAUCCACGAGCAACCUACCCGUUGACAGCGUUAACCCGGUAGCACGGACAUUAGCAUCACCGUUCAUCUUUCUUUUUUUUGCACGUCCCGGGGCGGCCAGGGCAACAGUUGUGUAAAUACAUUGUGAGGCACUGAAAGUCCUUCCUUGCCAUCGAUCGCUGGUUUAUCCGUCGCCUGCUCCCGAAACCUGUUGAACAGGUGUGUCAGUCGGGUAUCAGGCGCGCACAGGAACCCAGCCGCUCUAUAGCUUCAUUAUUGCGGGGAUAGAUUUACUGUAGACUUACGAGUCUCGGGUGGACGGUAGUGUGGUGGAGCCGCAGAGCGGACUCCCCUCACCCAGUCAACGAGACCCCCUGCUCGGUCCUGACUCGCACAUGGAUGUUCAGGGGUAUAAGUGGGUGCGCUGGCGGGUGUGGUCGUGUCGUCUGGCUGCCGUGCUGACCUUGGGUUUCCUCCUGAUUGUGUUUCACUGGCGCCCGCGGCUUGGUGUCCUUGCCCGCUGCUGCUCCUGCCCUCUGGCUUUAGCAGAUAUUCUGCUAAUAAGGGACAUUUCUGGCCAGCAGCAUGUCGUGGAGGUCCUCACAGAGGAGCUAGAGGAUGGCAGUUUGGAGUUGUUGGGAGAGUGGGAGGUCAUUGAAUGGAGAGAUACAGUUCAGCUGUACAAGGAGGAGAAAACGCUGCUGCGCUACUACCUGUUUGAAGGGCUGCGCUACAUCUGGCUGGACAGGAAGGGAAGUUUCUGUCGUGUUAGUGUCCUCAAUGAGGACUGGACCUGCAAGGAUCUGUAUGGCUUCCAAAAGGGCCUGAGUCACCCAGAGCAGAGCUUGAGGAGACUUAUUUAUGGGCCCAACCUUAUUGAUGUGCCUGUGAAGCCUUAUAUGAAACUUCUGUUUGAGGAGGUCCUCAACCCAUUCUAUGUGUUCCAGUUCUUCAGCAUCACCCUGUGGAUGAUUGAUAAUUAUUACUUGUACGCCAUAUGUAUUUUAAUUAUUUCCAUUAUCUCUAUCAGCAUCUCUCUUUAUGAGACCCGGAAGCAAAGCAUCACUCUUCACAACAUGGCCCGGUUGGUCAUAAACGUUACAGUACGCAGAAACUCAGGAGCGGAGGAGUGUGUCAGCUCGGUGGAGCUGGUACCUGGCGACUGUCUUAUCAUCCCUCAGGAAGGUCUGCUGCUGCCCUGUGAUGCUGCCCUGGUGGCUGGGGAGUGUCUGGUCAACGAGAGCAUGCUCACAGGUGAAAGUGUCCCAGUGCUGAAAACCCCACUGCCGGCUAGUGAGGGGAAGUACAGCUCAGAGACCGAGCGUAGACACACACUCUUCUGUGGUACCCAGCUCAUUCAGGCCAAAGGGGGAGGGCCAGGAGGUGGCGGUGCAGUCGCGGUGGUCACAAGCACUGGGUUUGUCACAGCCAAAGGUAACCUGGUCAGCUCCAUUUUGUAUCCUCAGCCAAUCAACUUCCGCUUCUACCAGGACGCUAUCAAGUUCCUGCUCAUCCUGGGUUUUGUGGCUUUUAUUGGCACCAUUUACAGCUUUGUGAUCCUCCUCAGAUCCAAUGCGACUUGGGGCGAGUUGGUGAUCAGGAGCCUGGAUAUUGUGACCAUCGCAGUGCCUCCUGCCCUGCCUGCCGCCAUCACCACUGGCACUAUCUAUGCCCAGCGCAGGCUGAAGAGCCAGGGCAUCUUCUGCAUCAGUCCACCACGCAUCAACGUCUGCGGCAAGGUCUCCAUCUUCUGCUUUGACAAGACAGGGACUCUGACGGAGGAGGGUCUGGAUGUGUGGGGAGUGAUGGAGGGGGGUCCCGCCGGUUUCUCAGAGCUGGUCCCUGAGCCCAGACUCUUGCCCCCAGGGCCCAUGCUCACAGGCCUGGCUUGCUGCCACACCGUGACGCUGCUGCAAGGUCAGCCCCUCGGAGACCCUCUGGAGCUCAAGAUGGUUGAGUCCACUGGUUGGACCCUCCAGGAGCCAGAGGGAGAUGGGAAGGUGCUGGAUGCAGAGUUUGGAGACCACAAAGUUUUGGCUGUCAUGAGACCUCCUACUCAACACCUCCAAGCUCAGGGAAUUCCCACAAGCGAGGCGGUGGCCAUUGUUCAGAGGUUUCCCUUCUCCUCGGCCCUGCAGAGGAUGAGUGUGGUCACAGUGGCCCGUGGGGGUCACUCGGCUCUCGCUUUCAUCAAAGGAUCCCCUGAGAUGGUGGCUAGCCUCUGCCGAGCAGAAACAGUGCCGGAGCAGUUCUCCAGCAAACUGCACCACUUCUCCAGCGAAGGCCUCAGGGUUCUUGCACUUGCCUAUAAACCCUUAGAUAAGACGACUGACUUUAUGACCACUGAAAGGGGGGAAGUAGAGAAAGACAUGCAGUUCCUCGGCUUGCUGAUGAUGAAGAACUUGGUGAAGCCAGAGAGUGCUAAGGUUAUUAACAUGCUGAGACUGGCACAGCUUCGCACCGUCAUGGUCACUGGCGACAACAUUUUAACAGCAGUCAAUGUAGCAAAAAGCUGUGGGAUGGUGGCGUGUGAUGAGAAGGUGAUAUUUGUCAUUGCCACCCCCCACACUGCCCAGUCCAUGCCCACCCUGAGGUUCAGCCUGGAAGACAGAGCCACAACUGCUGCCCAAAGCUCCACAGAGGUCCUCACUUGGGGCUUGUACCAGGAUGGUUUUGGCUAUCACUUAGCUAUUAAUGGCAAGUCCUUUGCUGCCCUUUGUGACCACUUCCCUGAGCACCUGCCAAAGGUUUUGAUGCGAGCCACAGUAUUUGCACGCAUGACUCCAGACCAGAAAACCCGGCUGGUGAAGGAGCUGCAGAAACUUGACUACCGGGUGGGCAUGUGUGGGGACGGGGCCAAUGACUGUGGGGCCCUGAGAGCUGCUGAUGUUGGGGUAUCCCUGUCUGAAGCGGAGGCUUCGGUCGCUUCACCUUUCACUUCCAAAACCGAAAACAUCAGCUGUGUGCCGCUGCUUAUCAGAGAGGGCCGAUGUUCUUUGGUCACCUCCUUUGGUCUCUUCAGAUACAUGGCCCUGUACAGCCUCAUUCAGUUCUGCUCUGUCCUCAUCCUUUACACAGUGAAGACGGGUGUGGCUGACGUGCAGUUCCUAUUCUGUGACAUUGCUCUGGUGACUCUGCUGGCCAUUGUGAUGGGAAAAGGAGGCCCCAGUAACCAGCUGCAUCCUGGCAGACCCCCAGCCAGUCUCCUUGCCCUACCCGUCCUGGGCAGCCUCUUCAUCCACACCUGCAUGAUCAUCUUGGGCCAGCUGGCUGCGCUCUUCAUCACCACCUCACAGGACUGGUAUAUUCCACUCAAUUCAACAGUGUUUGGAACAGCCAAUCUGCCCAACAUGGAGGACACCAGUGUGUUUGCCUUGUCAGGUUUCCAGUACAUAUUCAUGGCUGUGGUGGUCACAAAGGGCUACCCUCACAAGAAACCUCUCUACUACAAUGUGAUUUUCCUCUGUCUACUGUUCAUCCUCUUUUCCCUGAUGACUUGGCUGGUGUUGUAUCCUGGGCCUGACGUUUGCCGAAUACUUCAACUGUACCACAUCUCUGACAUGAAAUACAAAAUGCUGCUCGUCGCUGUGGCUGCCCUCAACUUCCUCAUUUGUUUUGUGGUGGAGGUGCUGAUAAACAUGGGUAUCCUCAACUGUCUUCGGUUGCUGCGUGGGAGGCGUCCAUCCAAGAAACAAUAUAAACGUCUGCACGUCCUUCUGUCUGACUCUCCAUCAUGGCCACCCCUUAAUCAAACCCUGUCCCCCGCAGAUCUCACAGUCAUCUGCUUGUCCUAGCAGCUGUUCCCCCCUCUGUUGGACACUGGCAUCCUGAGAUGGAGCCAUGGGGACUGGAGGAGGAGAGAGAUGGAGGUGAGGGGCGUCUCUUAAAGGGAUCAUCACAGUGAGUCCAGAAGAUGUCCAUAAUCACAGUGUCGAACAGACUGGAUUGGGGAGAGAGAAGAGCGUAUUUGACUUCCUCCUGGAGUUCCUCGCUCCCUGUCAGUUCCACACGACUGCUGGUGGUAGGGGCUGAGCAGCAGUGUUGAGUAUUCACUGCCCAUCUGAUAUUAUGGAACUGAAGUAAGGAAGUUUGAGAAUACAAUGCCGUCUUUGCUCUAAGGAGGCCCUUGAUCUCUCUCCUCUCAAUGGCUGGGUGGCCCCGGGGCCCACUUAUCUGUGCUGUCGGAACCCUUGGGUGCUGUCUGGACCGGCUGGCUGCCGGACAGUGUGAUUGUUUGAUCGGGUGUCCUCUGAAGGCAAUGUAGAGUUAUUGCGCCCUGGCCUGGAAGAAAGAGGAAACGGGAAUAAAUCACAGACAGCAGCGUUUUCCACGUGCCAGCUGCCAGACAGAAACAGCUCACAAGUCGUUUCAACUUGGCAAGUUUCAGCAGCAUUCUUGUUUUCAAUUAAUGUCUUUCUCCUGAUCUGUCCUAAUUACAGGAUCCCUGUAGUCUCACAUUUGAUAUAGUGUUCCAUCUUGGUUUCAGGAAAGUUAGCUUCAAAACUGUAUUAAAAAGUUUAAAAGCAUGA